CCAUCGUUGUCAUCCAUAACAAUAUAGUAUCUGUUUUUCAUGGCUUUGUCCCUCGUGAACAUAAUAGGGAAGGAAAUGGAGAGGGGUCUUCAGCCUUCGACUUCAAGAAGAACGGAGAGGAAGAUCAUUGAGAAGAACCGGAGGAAUCGGAUGAAGCAUCUCUACUCCGUGCUCAACUCCCUCCUCCCCUCUCAGCCCUCUGAUCAGGAAGCGAGAUCAUUGCCUGACCAGAUAGAUGAAGCCAUAAAAUACAUAAAAGGCCUGGAGACAGCAGUGAAGGAAGCCAAGGAUAAGAAAGAAAACCGGAUGGGCAAGAAGAGACCGAGCCCCAGCACAAGCAGCAGCACGCUGGAGGCCGUCAAAUCACCUCAAAUUGAGAUCAGAGUGAGAGAUUCUUCUCUGGAGGUGAUAUUAACUAGCGGGCUUCAUGAUCAGUUUAUCUUCUCGGAGAUUCUCCGGAUGCUCCACGAGGAAGAGGUCGAGGUAAUGAAUGCCAACUUCUCCGUCGUCGGGAACUCGGUUUACCACCUGGUCCAUGCAAAGAUCGGUGAGUCCAGUUUAGGUGCUGCGAUGAUAUCUGAACGGCUGAAAACAUUCGUGAAUGGAUCCGCGGCCGAUGGAGGUCAUGAAGAAUUUCAUCCAAAGUUAUGGGACUGUGGACUAAGUCCUAACAUAUGGAAUUUCUAGAACCCACGGAUGCAAAUUAAACUACGAAGGCAUCUCGGAAGAAAAAUUCCAAUGCUUCAGCCUGUGAAUCUAGUUAACAUUGAUUAGAAUCUUCGAUCGAAAAGCUUUUGUUUACUUGUGCUGUGAAAGAGUACUUGAAAUGUAGUGCAAUAAUCUAUAUUUGGAGAUAUAAUGGAGAAGAUUAUCAUCAGUCUCCCCUCCUUACCUCAGUUGAACCGCUACUAGUUAGACUGCAUAAUUAAAAUUUGCUGA